GCGGUUUCACGGUAUUCAGUCGCCCGUCGACACUCUCGCUGCUUGGACGCGAGAGACGCGAUGCAAGUUGCUUUCCUUUGACGCAUUCAGGCCGUGUGUGUGUGUGACCUCCGUGUUCCGCCGUCUAGACGCGUGUUGUGCUGGAACUACUCCAGUGCGUGAGGCGAUCGCUGGAGCGGAAGCGUGCAGUGCGAGUGCUAUCAGCUGACCGGCUCGUCUACAGCCUGCGAGCGCACGAGCGGCGGUUGUCGAUCGUCUAGCGGAGCGGGCGUGGGCGCGGUGACGGUCGCGAGCGCGGGCGCGGGCGCGGGCGCGUGCGCGGGGCGCAUGGCGAGCGCGGGCGCGCAGUUCCGCGGGGGGCAGCAGUGGGCGGCCUACGCGCAGCCCUGCCGCUACCCGCCGCCACAGCAGCAAUACGCUACUGGGCCGUAUACGCCGCACCAGGGUUUAUAUUUACAGUACACCGGUGCGACGAUGACCAGCGGUUGCGGCGCGGCCGGCACACGGGUGCCUACCGCCGCUUCGCCGGCGAACACCGCUUCUAGUUCUUCAUCUAAUUCGGCGGGUGGCACACGGUCAACCAGCCUGAGCACCGCGCCGCCACCGCCGGCGUCUUCCACGUCUACCACGGGUGCCUCUGGUGAACAACUCAGCCGUACAAACCUGUACAUUCGAGGCCUUAACCAAAACACCACCGAUAAAGAUCUUGUACAAAUGUGCCAAAUGUAUGGCAACAUUAUAUCAACUAAAGCAAUAUUGGAUAAAAAUACAAAUAAAUGUAAAGGUUACGGUUUUGUAGAUUUUGAAACGAUCGCCUCAGCGGAAGCAGCUGUAAAGGGAUUACAGGCCAAAGGUGUCCAGGCCCAGAUGGCUAAAGUGGGUAUCUGGUUCCUGCGUAGACUGAACCGUCAGCAAGAACAAGACCCAACUAAUUUGUACAUGGCGAACUUGCCGCCGCAUUUUAAAGAGAACGACGUGGACCAAUUGUUGGCCAAGUUUGGCCAAGUGGUCUCCACCAGGAUUCUCCGUGACACGCAUGGACACAGCAAGGGGGUUGGCUUCGCAAGAAUGGAAUCUAGGGAGAAAUGCGAGCAAAUCAUCCAGAUGUUCAACGGCAACCCAAUACCGGGUGCCAAGGAGCCCCUGCUAGUGAAAUUCGCAGACGGCGGCAAUAAGAAAAAAGCGUCGUAUAACAAGCAAGACAAUGGCAGAGGGUGGCGGGAUAAUAAUGAUUCUAUACAGGCGAUGAGCGUGAGCGGCGUGUACGCGGGCGGCGUGGGCGGCGCGGGCGGCGACUGCGCGGGCGUGUACCGCGGCAGCGCGAGCGUGUACGGCGUGGCCGCGUUCCACCCGCAGCUGCAUCACCACCACGCGGCGCACCCGGCGGCCUGGCUCGCGCCCUACGCCGCGCUCAUCCCGCCCGCGCACCCGGCUCACCACGCGCCGCACCCAGCGCACGCUGCGCACGCCGCGCACAUACCCAUUGACGCUGUGCCUAGCCAAUAUGUAAACUGGGACAGCUUAAGGCCGGAAAAUGAAGUAUUCUACUUCGCGUCGCACCCGUACCAGUACUUCGCGGGCCCCACCCCGCCCGUGCUGCAGAUGCCGAUGGAGAGCGAGCACGCGUCCACGGCUGCGUCGCCCGAUGAGGCCUAUCAGCCCUACCCGCCUCCCAAGUAGACCAUAAGCCAUGCAACAACCCAUGUACACGAGCCAAAAAUCAAAGCAACUGUGACUUUUUACGAUGUUAAUUUGUUUUAGUUUAAUUUGCGGCCGUUAUAGACUUCAUCGAAAGCUCCGGCCGGCCCGCUACGCCGGCGACUUUAGUUUUAAGCCUAAUUUUAUUCGUGACUCGCCUCGACCGUUCGUUUUCUCAAUGGGCUUCGUCUCUUGGCUUUACGCUGAACGUUCGAUUCGCUGUGAUGUUUUGAUGAGGUCUUUUGACGGCUCGGGAGAGGAUUUGAUGUAUAGAGUUAGCUCCAAUUUAAAAUGUGUUUUUACAUUAUAGUUUUAUUAUUGUUUUAUGAAAAUUUUUUAAAUUUAAGAUUUUUAGACACAGAUUUUGAACAUGUUGACACGAUUAUUUAAGAUAGAUAGGUAUUUAUUUUAGCUUAGUACGAUUAAUUGAUUGAAUUUUUAAAUUUAAAUUUAUUUUGCAAAUUAAAUUUUAAUUUAUUUCUGUGUCAUAUAAUUGUAUUUUAAGAUGAAAAUGAACGAAAUUCAUAAACUGAACAUUUAUAUCGAACAAUAACGUGCAAUCAGAGAUGAAAUUUUAUACACAUAGUUUUAAAAGAGAAUAAUUUCUUUGUAUAAAACGAUUAAACUUAUUUUUAAUUUUAUUAAAAUAAUGAAGCAAUAUCCGGCGUAGAAUGGAGGCGGUGAUUGGAAAAGGUCAUAUCAUAUGGAAUCAAAGUAGGCAAGGGGAGGUGUCGUAUGUAUGUUAUAGAAAAGUUUUUAGAACUCGUGGAAGUAAAUUUUAAAUAUUUCGAAGAUUUUGAAUCUUCCGUCAAGCUAAUGUAUUUUUAAAAUACAAUCAACGCUUAAUCGAAAGUCGGGGUUCCAACCUCUAGAAUGGAGAGUAAUUGAGAUAGAUGUUAUGACCACCACGUGGGAUUAUCGUAAUCAAUGUAAUGAAGUAUGCUAAUAAUAUGUUCGGCAUGGUGCUUUAGUAAUUUUGUUUGAAAAUGGUACUAAAUCUAUGAAAUAUACAGUAUUAUUUACAUAAAAUCACUCAUACUGGUGCAGUCUUCCAAAAUAAAUUUGCCGCAAGUAUUGUACCUAAAUUCGUAUUUCAUUUGUAAAAAAUGUUGUUAUGUCUCAAGCAUGGGCCUCUUAGCGUCAUUACCACUUUCCUAGUAGAAUAUAGCAAUGGUAAGGUACAUAUUGGGUAACACGAAGCGAUUUAAGCUUUAUCUCACUUUUAUAACACAAGUUGUUGAUUACCACACGUAUAACAAAAAUAAUGUAAACAUUGUUGCCAAACCCGAAUACAGACUGAAUUUAUGUAUACCGUAAAAACUUCCAAAUAUUUAUUUCUUGAUCCGUGUUUUGAUUCAUAAAUGUUAUUCAUACAAUGGGUAGGUACACCGUACACCACGAUAGAUUUUGUACGAUUCGGCGAAUGUGGGGUGCUAACUCUGGGGACGGGCGUCCCGUGUGGAAUGCUAUAGUAACAUUUAGCAAUAAGCAGUUGUAUUUAAAGUCUAUUUAUACAUUUUACGAGUCUAUACAAAUUUUUGUAUGUUAAAAUCAUGUUUGGAACGAAGUGAUCCUUUUUUUGAGAAUCAUGUACUGAAUCAACUGUAGUUGUUAUUUUAGGCGGUCGGCACAUUCCACUAGUGAACAUAAAAAAUUCCACGAUUGAUUUCCACAUUAUGAAAUGUAAAGGAUUCGAAAUCCAACGCACGAGCGCCUUUUGGUGCGAGCGAACACAUUUUGUACCAUCGCGUAGGUUUUGGGUACACUUUAUGACUUUAUAUGAAAUUUGAUAUUUUUAUAUUGAAUAUAUAUAAAUUAUACAUGGAUAUGUAUACAUGUAUAUACAUUGUUGAUGGGUACGAGUAAAAGCCUACUAUAUAGCCACUGUUUAAUUCUAUUUUGGCACGUCAGAGUUUCAUCAGAACCAAAGUAUACAAAUCAUUAAAAUCGAAUAAGAUGUAGGGAAAUAUUUAUACAACUCAGGGACUGAAGACUAGUUAAAUGUUUGAUAUAUUACUGUAUUAUAACUGAUGGUGAUUAAGAGACGAUCUCUUUGUUCAAAACCUGUGUAACGACUUGUAAUACAGGAACUGACAUUAGAUGAACGGCAGGUUUUGAAUGAAUGACGUAGAUUUCCAUAAAAUUGAUUAUUUUUUCUCCAAUUCAUACCGUACUGUAACUUAGACAUUGUAAUUGGUGCCCACAAAAGCGAUAUCGCGAAGCGGCAUCUAAAUGUAUUCUAUCGAAUAAAGACGAGUAACCUUGGUGUUUACCUAAAUACCAUCUAUCCAUACCAUCAUUACCUAUUUCUUUAUUAAGAUCCUCAAAACGACUUCUUCUCACAAUUGUCUUCUAGUUCUUAUCUACUAUUUAUUUUACUAUAUUAGUUACUGUUUCUCCAAUUGAUGAGAUCCAGACGAAGUUACUUCGUAAGAUACGCGUCAGAUAGCUCGGAGUUGUUGAGUAUUUCAGAACGUGCUUUAAUUCAUGGAACUAUAAUAACAGCUAUUUUUUGUAUGAUUUAUGAAAGUGUUACUUCGCAAUUUUCGCCCUCCUUUAAUUGGUAUGAUAUUGUGCUAAUUGAAGGUAUUUGCUUUAUAUAUAGAGUUUUGUAACAAGCUCACUGUGUAAUUCCUAUAAAAGGUUAUGAGUUCCCACAAUAUUAAAGGUUAUGAGUUCUUUGUUCAAUAGAAUACACAAAAACAGUACUAUCAUAUCGUUGAAAAUGUUUCGCUCUAUCAUUUAGCUGACUGCCUUUAAUGAUUUACCAACGCAACCAGUUUGAUAAAUUUAAACUCACGAAGGCUAAUGAAAAGUGAGAUUUUUAUUAGUGUUACAUUCAUAAUACUCCAGAGAUCACUAUUAUAUUCGUAUAAUCGCUGAUCGAGCCAAAUUUUUUGAACUGAUUUAAAACCGCCUUUGAUUCUUGUGAAAGUAAUCCACAAAGUGCAUCGGACCGCCGGUUUGGCGGCGUUUAGAUAAGUGAUUCGAUCACUAGUGUUCAAUGUAUACAGUGGCUUCCUGUAAAAGCAGUCUUCCGAUAGAUAUUCCGCUAAACAUUGCAUUUAAAAUCGAUGUCGUAUUUGUACACAGUAUCCCAAUACUUAUUUCGCGUCAUAGUGGUCUAUAUAAGAUAAAACCCGUGUCCAUUUUUAUCUGUGUAGUUUCGUAUUUGAGUUCGUUAAUCCUAAAAGCACUAAGAGUAGUCAGAGUUAUUUACGAGUAGGGCGUACAGUAGCAUUGCACGAUCCGUAUAGAAUGCCGUCAAAAGCGUUAUGAUUUCAGCACGUUUACGUUCAAGUUUUCUUCCAUUGAGAGCAAUAAAUUAAUUUUUACAGUAGUGCCUUCAGCUUCGUUGAAACAGAUGUGACUACAAUAUACCAGUUGCGUAUGCUUUACGAGAUAUUUUUACAGGUAAUAGAGAACUUACCGUAUUCAUAAAUAUAGGGUAAUUAAAGCUAUGUUUUAAUAUUUUGUAUUGACGAAUAAAACGAAAUAAUGUGGCUGUCGAAUCGUUGCAUUUUCACACAUGGUGUUAGGAUUGAAUUCGGGAGAUAAUUCUUAGAUGUUCCUAGUUACGCUCGCUUCAAUAUUCUUGACAUGUGUGAUAAACGUUACAAUGAGAUUAUGGGUGACGUUAAAUAUUAGUUAGUUAGGUACGUGAUGACAAGCACAAAAACAAGGAACCAAUUCCUGAAUACCAAAACGAUUCAAAUAAAUUAUACAUGUCGAUGAAUUGAAGUAAAUGUUUUUAAAUAAGUCAGUUUAGUGUUAAGAGAGCGCGCGUUUUGUAAUUGUGAAAUGUGAAACAGGAGGGAUGUCGAAUUGAUGGCUAGAUGUAGCACUAGGCUUAAAUAGAUAGGUUAGAAUAGCAAAAAAAUGUUUCGACGCUAAGCUAGUAUAGCGACGUAGGUUAAUGUCGGCACGGUGCGCGCGCAUUCCUUGCGGGCUCUAGGGUAGUUUCCUUGUUAGUUUAUUAAAUAAUUUAAUUUGAAUGGACUGAAGUCGGUACGGUUCGCACUCGCGCCGUGCUUCGCUUAGCUAUUAAGGAAGAUCUAAAAUUUAGCGAACACUUUGAAUAAGUUUCAGUUGAACGAGUUUGCUUUCACCUCUUUUGUUAUGUAGUUGACUAAGUGUAAAAGAAAAUUAAAUGAUGAAAAAAAAAAUACCGUGAAGUGUCGAUACGAUCGUAUUUGUCCAAUGUGUAUUAUUAGUGUGGUGUUCUACCCAGCAGACUAGUCUAGACAGUAGUAUAGAUAAAAAUUAGUUAGGUAGCUUAGUGAUACGAAAUGCAAAAAAUAAAAAUUUCAUAAAAUGUAAAAAAAAAGAUGAAAUUGUUGGUAAGAAAGAGUAUUUUUAAGGGACAUGUUGCUUCGUUGUGUUAUGAUGUGAGGUUUGGCAUAACUAUAGUAAUAGUGUAUUGAAUAAUGAAUUUCUCGCAGAGGAAAGACAUAGAUGAAAGUUAUGUAUCUAUUUUGUUACGAAGUGUUUGCAAGUUUCUAUAAUAUAUGCUAUGAGCAUUUUAUGUGACCCACGUUAUUUAUAGUUAUGCUGAAUGGAAACUAAAAUAAUAUAUAAAAUAAAUGAAAAAUGGUACUAAGAAGCAUGUUUUAUUGUGACGAGUCAUGUUCCUUUGCAUUGAACUUGAUAUUUUGUAAGAGCAAAUGAUUGAAAUAAAACAAGCAAAACCAA